AUGUCGAGCAAUUCCGAAUCUUCCGAGCCCAAGUCUGCCAGCGAUGACGACUUUUUCUGGUAUGAGGACGAGGAGGGUGAGUAUUUGCUGUUUUGUGCAUGAGGUGAAGGGGUAAUACCGCGGAUUCUGGGCUGGGUUUUGGAUUUUUUAUGGGAAUGGGUCAUGGUUAAUAUAAAAAAAAACUUUUUGUUGAGUUUUGGAGAAAGGAUGGGUUAAAUUACGUUCAGUGUUGGAUAACCAGUUUAUGAAGUUUUAUUGGGUCAGAUUGGGGCCAGUAAGUCUGUAAUUACUCUGAUUUAUCGGAAAGUUUAUAUUGAACUUGCCAUUAAACUAAUAUUUAUUUAUUUUCGAUGAGAAUUCUGCUUACCGAGCACGGUAAAAGAUAGAUUAGGGUUUUUUUUUGGGGAUUUACAAGAUUUCUCUGGUUCUUUUUUCUAAUGGGAAGUAAAAAUUUUUUUCUUUACAGUGGCGGACCUGGUCCAGUGGGAAAAAACGUAACAUUUUGCAUCCGGGAAGUGGCAAAAACUGUGGCAAAAUACCUCCCUCUCGAAGUCACAAACUCCGAUUUCAAAAGCGCACCCGCUCUUUUUGCGAGGGAGCCCUUCAAAUCGGAGUUUUUUUCACUUGGAGAGGGAGGUAUUUUGCCACAUUUUUUGAUGCUUCCCGGAUGCAAAAUGGUACGUUUUCUGCCAUUGGAUCAGGCCGUCACUGUGUAUUUUUACCCACUUUUAUUGAUUCUCCUAAUUCCAGGUCCAGUCUGCGUUGUCUGCAUGGAUCCCCCCGUGGCUCCGACCACUUGCCGUCACUGCAAUCAGAUGUUGGGCUGCGAGGACUGCGUCAAAGCUUGGAACAAAGUUCAGAUUGCCGAUGGAGUCCAACGCAAUUGCCCCUAUUGCCGUGCUUGUUGGUAUGAUCUCAACACUUCGGUCAAGUUUGACUCUCGUUAA